AGAGUCACGGGCGCGCAAAACAAGCGCGUGUGCGCGCAGCUUUAAUGCGCAAUCCACGCGCUAUUUCAAGUUAGUACAGAGUCGAAGAAAAGAUGGUGGCCACCGCUAGAGUGCGGAAGCUCCUCCGACGAUACAAACUCGCGAUUGCGGUCGCUUUUAUGAUCCUCCUCGUUCAAGCUCUGGUCGUGUGGAGCCUGAAAAGUCUGGAAGACAGCGAGACGGGGAAAAAAACUAGAAGAUCGAAACUGCCUGACAACAGCCAGGACUUGUUGAAUGAUGCCACAAUUUUUGCGAGACACAGCCAAUGGCCUAAGAGUUACAGGGGCUUAUGGAGCAGCAGGCUGGAAAGGAAGGGGGACACAGCAACCAGCGCACCAAGACUGGGGACCAGCCAACUACAAGGAAAGCCAGGCAUCAUUCCGAAGAAUCCCCUCGAGCAGGGCCAAACGGGGACAGCCUUGGACGGAGGGGCACCUCAUGACCCAUCUAGUAACUUAAAUGAUAUCAAAGGUGGUGGUGCUGCGUUUCCAGGGGACCCAGGCAGCGUAGAUGGGGCACAGCAAGCUUCCGGCAUUGGUUUUGAGCCCAAAUGUACCAUCAUGAACAAGGAUGCCUGGUCUGCUUUACGCCGUGCAGUCACCAAUCAGUGUCGACAGGAGAUCGCCGACAUUGUGUGCCUGCAUGAGGCCGGGGUGCUCUUACCACAUGCCUUGCCACGAUUCUGCCCUCCUAUCAAUUCGUCAAGUCCCGAGGAGGCACUUGACGUCGAGCUGGACAACAGCCUGGCCGAUGAAGAAAACCCUGUCCGGAUAGCUUUUGUCAUAAUGGUCCACGGCCGCGCUGUACGACAAGUCAAGCGUAUCUUAAAAGCAAUAUACCACUCUGAUCACUUCUACUACAUCCAUGUAGAUCAGAGGUCAGACUACAUGCAUCGGGAGGUCCUCAAAAUAGCCGAGCAGUACCCAAAUGUGCGUGUGACGCCCUGGAGAAUGGUGACCAUCUGGGGUGGUGUCGGUCUGCUAAAGGCGUACCUCCGCGUCAUGGAGGACUUCGUCGCUAUGCCGGAUGUGAAAUGGGAUUUUUUUAUUAAUCUCAGUGGCACAGACUUUCCCACCAGGACUAUUGGUGAGCUGGUUGACUUUUUAGGACCAUACAAAGGCAAGAACUUCCUUAAGGCCCAUGGCAGAGAGGUUAGCCGGUUUAUCAAUAGGCAAGGGAUUGAUCGUCUCUUCUACGAGUGUGAUAACCACAUGUGGCGUGUUGGAGUGCGCAACAUUCCAGAAGGCAUAGAAAUCUCAGGCGGCUCAGAUUGGUUUGCACUCAGCCACCAAUUUGUGGACUAUAUCGCCACCUCAGAGGAUGACUUGGUGUCUGGACUAAAGCUGUUCUACUCCUAUACUUUACUCCCAGCUGAAUCCUUCUUCCAUACCUUGCUUUUGAACAGUCACUUGUGUCACACCUUCAUCGACAACAACCUUCGUGCAACCAACUGGAUUCGCAAACUAGGCUGUAAAUGCCAGUACAGGCACAUUGUGGAUUGGUGUGGCUGCUCUCCCAAUGACUACAAACCUCGCGAACUCAUGCGUAUCCAUCAAAUGUCCCGACCAACAUUCUUUGCACGCAAGUUUGAGUCGUUAGUUAACCAGGAAGCAAUGGAGAUUAUGGACACCCAUCUGUACGGUCAGUACGCACCAGGCACUGUUGCCGUCAAAGCGUACUGGGAGAACAAGUAUGAGCAGCUGGAUGGAUUGCACUCGCUCACUGACGUGGCACUCACUGCUUACACUUCUUUAAUCCGCCUGGGUCUGAAAAAUCUUGCGACAUCUCAACAGACCUGCUGGUUUGAACCUAUAGGCUACCCUUCGUCAGUGUACCUGUACUUCUAUGACGACCACUUUAAAGGGUACUUAAUACAACAGGAGGUUCAGACUGGGGGAUCAAAAGAAAAGGAGUCAAUCCAGAUAUGGGCUGCGCCCCAGGUUAAGUUGAAAAUUGAGCGGUAUCUUCCAGAAUUUGAAAGGCUGAGAAAUGUGCAGGUCAGCACAGAGUGGGAUCCAAAAGAACGAAUAUUGCGUAAUUUUGGCGGGAUCAUUGGUCCGUUUGAUGAACCAUACUCUGUUCAGCAUUGGGGUCGCGGGACCAACAUGACAGUUACUAUGGUGUGGAUUGAUCCUGCCCUGGUGGUGGCAGCCUCUUAUGAUGUCAAAGUGGAUACGGAAGCAGAAUUUACACUGCACAAGCCUCCACUGAAGCGCCCCCUACGGCCUGGCAUUUGGUCGUUACGUGUACUGAAACAGUGGGAGCAGAUGGCAGAAUUUCAAUUCCUUGUCAUCCCUUUGAACUUUAAAAAGAAGGAGCCACUCAAAGAGGAGGACAGCUUGGCAGUGCAUUCAGGUCCAUCUGGAAAUUUUUACACGGAUCAGAGCUUUGAUCACCUGAGUUCCAUCCUGCAGCUACCACCUCAGGAGCCCGCCAUGCUCGAAGCUCAACAAAAUGCCAAAUUGGUGGGGCCUGCCCUUGAAGCGUGGAUUGACGGCUCUGUGGAAACCCUCUGGGUUGUUAACGAGAUGUGCGCCACAGAAAAAUCAUCCUGCGCAGCCUUGCCGCUUUGCUCCAAAACAUCGUGGAGCUCCCUGUCCCCGGACCCUAAGUCUGAACUAGGCCCAGUCAAAAGUGACGGGAGAAUCAGGUAACCCCAGCGGGUUGGUGUAGACUGUGGCAGUCAACGCAGACAGACGUAAAGCAAGAGCUGGCCUGUAUUUGAGGCUGAAAACAGCAAUGUGAGUUCCAGGAGAAUCUGUAUACGUGGGAGGUUUGGCUCCAAGCUGAAGGCCGCAAGAACAACAUGACAUCUUGCACUGAAGAGCCACAAUGUUCUCUGUAGAAAUGACGUGCGAGAGGUGAAUGCUGGAAAUUUGCACAAUGACGACUGCAAGCCCAGAGACUUUUCCGGGUUUUCAGGAUGGCAUUAAUGCCGGAUGCUUUGUUUUUUUGUUUUUUUUUUUUUGCUGAAAGCAGCUACAUAUGGUUUUGACAGCAGAUGGGCGAGUGUUAAGAAUAAAAUUCUCGCCCUAACUUUGGAGUCAGGAUACAAUUUUAACUAGUUUUGUUCUCAUGACAAGGCAGAAUGAAAUUUACGGAUCAAGUUAUGCUUAUUUUGAAGCAUUUUAUAUUGGACGUGUGGAACAAAAGUGCACUACACUGUUAGAUAAUGUUACGCAAAGGUUGGAUGAUUGCAUUAGGGAUGAGGACAAGCUGAAAAGGUCAGUUUAUUUUUAUUUGGAAUUCUUCACAUCACAUAAUUUCUGACUGCAAUGCAGUUGUUUUAAAAUUCCAAAAUGUCAAAAGGUGUUUGCUGUAGAUGCCAAAAGAGAAAUGCUGGUAAAACAUCAGUUCUGUUCUGUAACCACUGCUGCUUGGUUAUUUUGAAGUACAUUUUGGAAGGGAAAUUUAAAUUUGUUACAUGUCAUACCUCUGGUGUAUUGGUUAAAAUUGAUUUUUAAAAAUUUUUGAUAACUUUUUUUUUUUGCAUGGGUCUGCUUUCCAGUCGAGGUCCUAUGACCAGAAAUGGCAAACACUGUAUGUUAUUAUUUGUGUGUUUUCUAGAAAUAUUUCCAUAUAUCAAAGCUGCCUUUUUACUUAGCUGAGAUGACUUGUUUACUGCAGGAUUAAAAAUUCCAAGAUGUGCAAUUUCUGCCUGCUCCAGUCUACAUCUAAGUUUGCAAUAUUAACACAUUUAAUGUGAGGCUUUUUAUUUUCCUAAAAAUGGUGAUUUUAUUUUUCAAGUGACCUUGUACACCUUGCACAGUACAGUUGCUUCAAUGAAGCCCUAUGUCUGUUAAAAAGAGAACUGCAGAUGUUAUUUUUAUACUGUAUACUGUUUGAGAACAAGUGUGUCCAUAUAUCUUUGGAUUUUAAACUAGCAUUAAAAAUGGUUUACUUAUAAUUUUGUUUUCUGAGUGGUGAUAGAGAGGAUGAGUUUUCUGUCCUUGCUGCUGUGGUAACCUAAGGAGGUGUUGGGGUGGGCUCUUGUGUACUUUGGUCUCCAAAGAAAACGAAGGAUUUCAUAAUAAUAAUAAAAAAAAAAGGACAGGGAAAUUAACGUGUGGCUGUCUUUCUUUAAAAUAUAAUGCAAAGAUGUUGGUGCUGCAGACAUUUUUGUCACUUCCUUGAUUAAAUGCCCAUAAUGUUUUUAAAGAGAACAC